AUGGGCUCCAAGUACCAACAGUCUCUGUGGGGCUGCCUGCCCCUGUGGGCUUUAUUGCUAGAGGUGGCUCUCAUUCUCAUCUUCUUACUUUUCACCUCCUAUGACACUUCUUCAAAGGAUCAAAAGGAUCUCCUGGGGACCUUUCGAGUCAUCCAGGAUGUGAUCCUCAUGGCGGCCCUUGGCUUGGGCUUCCUCAACACAUCUUUGCGGAGACACUGCUGGAGCAGUGUAGCCUUCAAUCUCUUCUUGCUGGCCCUCGGGGUGCAGUUCACAGUCCUACUGGAUGGCUUCCUGAAGCAACUCUCCCUUACGAAAAUUGUCAUCAAUCUGUCCAGUGUUCAGAUGGCCACCAUGAGCGCUACAUCUGUGCUGAUCUCGGCGGGCACCGUCCUGGGGAAGGUCAACUUAGUGCAGCUGGUGUUGAUGAUGCUGAUAGAGCUGACAGCCUUUAGCACCACGAGGAUAGUUGGCAAGAAACUCCUCAAUAUGGACAACCACAUAAGUAUGAUGUACAUCCAUGUGUUUGCAGCCUAUUUUGGGCUGACUGCAUCCUACUGCCUCCCAAAGCCUCCCAAAGAAAUGAAGCAGGAAACUCAGAUGGCAACGAGUCCCAGUUUGUUUGCCAUGCUUGGCACCCUCUUCUUGUGGAUAUUCUGGCCGAGUUUCAACUCCUCUCUGCUGGACUUACUGAGCGAAAGGAAGAAGGCUGUGUUCAACACUUACUAUGCCCUUGCGGUCAGCGCGGUGACAGCCAUCUUGGUGUCAGCCUUGGUUCACUCUCGAGGGAAGAUCAACAUGAUUCAUAUCCACAAUGCGGUGUUGGCAGGAGGUGUGGCUGUGGGCCCCGCUUGUUACCUGAUCCCUUCUCCUUGGCUCGCCAUGCUGCUGGGCCUUAUGGCUGGGCUGAUCUCCAUCUUGGAAGCCAAGUACCUGUCGGUGUGCUUUCAAAUGCUGAACAUCCACGACACCUACGGCGUGCACUACACCUUCGGCUUGCCAGGUCUGCUUGGAGGGAUCAUCUACGUUGUGCUGAUGGCGCAUCAGGUCAUGUGGACGGAUAUUUCCAUGGUCCGCUACCAGGUACUCACCAACCUUGGGGCACUCAGCUUCUCCGUGAUCAUGGGCAUGGUAUUUGGUCUCCUGACAGGUUUUAUCUUAAGCUUCAAAAUAUGGAAACCACCUUAUGUGGCUAACUAUUUUAAUGGCCGACCUUUCUGGACGCAGACCAAGACACUGACCACUAAAGGGCCAGAGAACCAGCCUUACUAG